AAUCGUAACCGUCGGAUCCACACGCGGAUCCCCUUUUGCCGUUACGCGCAUUCCAACGGUCCUCUCCUUUUUUUUUUCCUUCCGCCGCCACAACCACCGCCACCGUGCCGGAGCUUUAUAGACAGAGAGAGAGAGAGAGAGAUGGGCAUGGAUUACUACAACAUAUUGAAAGUGAAUCGAAACGCGAGCGAUGAAGAUUUGAAGAAGGCUUACAAGAGGCUCGCUAUGAUAUGGCACCCUGACAAGAACCCCGUUAACAAGAGCGAAGCCGAAGCCAAAUUCAAACGAAUCUCCGAAGCCUACGACGUUUUGAGCGAUCCGCAGAAGCGUCAGAUCUACGAUCUCUACGGCGAGGAGGCACUGAAGUCCGGUCAGUUCCCGCCACCUCCGCAAUCUUCUUCUUCUUCGUCGUCUUCGUCUUCACGCGUUUACCAGAACCACCACCACCGCCAGAACCCUACCACCUCGUUCCGCUUCAACCCCCGCGACGCCGACGACAUUUACGCCGAGUUCUUCGGUCCCGACGGCGCCGACGCCGGCGGCGGUCCCCGCAGGGACGCGUUCUUUAGGACCUCGAAUGGCUCCGCGUUUGGCGGAGCGGGAAGGAAGGCCGCCGCGGUGGAGAACCUGUUGCCGUGUAGCUUGGAAGACCUUUAUAAAGGUGUCAAGAAGAAGAUGAAGAUCUCGAGGAAUGUCUAUGAUGCUUUUGGGAAAUGUCGGAAUGUGGAGGAGAUUUUGACUAUUGAGAUUAAACCUGGCUGGAAGAAAGGAACAAAGAUUACCUUCCCAGAAAAGGGUAACCAGCAGCCUGGCGUGAUCCCAGCAGAUCUUAUUUUUGUGAUAGAUGAGAAACCACAUGCUCUUUAUAGAAGGGAUGGUAGUGAUUUGGUGAUCAACCAGGAGAUAACUCUUCUGGAUGCGCUUACAGGUAAAACCUUGGACCUCACCACCUUGGAUGGAAGGAGUCUCGUGAUCCCAUUGACAGAUAUAGUCAAACCUGGUGCUGAGGUUGUUGUCCCUAAUGAAGGAAUGCCCAUAUCAAAAGAGCCUGGGAGGAAGGGGAAUUUGAGAAUCAAGCUUGAUGUUAAGUAUCCUUCAAGGUUAACUCCAGAACAGAAAUCUGAUCUGAGGAGAGUUUUAGGUGGAAGCUCAUAAAUAUUUGAGUUUGGGGCUUUGUGUCUGGCGUCACUGGUGAAUGCACAUUGUAGAUAUAUCAUGUGCAUGCAGUGGAUGCAUGUGAAUAACAGGCAUACUCUGGUGAAAUUGAGUAUUAUGGGCUAACAUACAGUGAGCCAUAUUUAAAAUUUGGACUUUUUUUCAGGGUAGGAAACAAAAAUGACUUUUUGGAAAUGAGUGGAAAAUUCUAUCUUAUUCAAACAUAUAGGGAAAUACUACUGAGUUUUCAUCGUUCUGCUUCAGCUUGUUUUGCCUUUUAAUUAAACUCAAAGAUUACUGUAGUCUUCAUAGGACCAGAAUGAGUAAUGUGUUUAUACCAUGAAAAGUGUAUAUAUUGAUUGUUUAUUUUAUGGAGGUUACUUUUUGGUUAUGCAAUUUUUUUAAAAUUUAAAGUACAACAUGAAAUCAUGGUCUAUGUUGUUAUUGUGGCCUUGUAUAUUCUGCUAUAAAAAAUGUGAUGUAUAAACAUCCAGUUCGUGAUGUAUAUUCAUGGCAGAAUAUUAUAUUGAUUACUACUGUAG